CCCAGCUCCAGGUGCGCGCUGAGCCCGGGGCGAGCGCGGCGGUGCCGGAGCGGCGGCCGGAGCCGACGGGGUUGGAGGAGGAAUGGACUCCAAAGCCAAGGCUGGUCUCUUGGCAGCCACCUGUGUCUGCAGCAUCAUCGCCCUCAUUCUGAGCGUCGUGAAUGUGAAGGAUGUGCUUCUGCUCCCUACCAAGUACGGUCUGGUGUUUGACGCUGGCUCCACACACACGUCCCUCUACAUCUACCGGUGGCCCGCGGACAAGGAGAACUGCUUGUUUCCAGAUAAAUGGGAACAUCCCCAGGACGCCAAGGUUGUGGGAGCUCUGGACCUUGGCGGUGCCUCGACGCAGAUCACCUUCCAGCCUGAGGUGCCCGUGGAGGACAGGAACACGUCCGUGUUCUUCCGGCUGUACGGCACCAACUACUCCCUGUACAGCCACAGCUACCUGUGCUACGGGCAGAGCCAGGCCCUGAAGAUGCUGCUGGCAGCUCUGCACCAGGACACCUUGCGUGCCCAGAUCUCCCACCCCUGCUACCCCAAAGGGUACCUGGAGACCAUUACCGUGGCAGAGCUCUACAACAGCCCCUGCGUGCGUGCGCCAAGCUCAGUCAGGCCUGACGUUGUCCUCAGGGUGACGGGGACAGGGGACCCAACCACGUGUCACAUGGUCGUCCGGAGUCUCUUCGACUUCAGCUGCGGGGCGCCGGGGCCGUGCGGGUUCAAUGGGGUCUAUCAGCCCCCCGUGCAGGGACACUUCUUCGCCUUUGCUGGGUUCUACCACACCUUCAGCUUCCUGAACCUGACCCACAAACAGUCUCCGAGUGAAGUCAACACUGCAGUCGUGUCCUUCUGCAGGAGGAACUGGGAAGAGCUGGUGCGGAGCUUCCCUCAGCAUUUGAAGUACCUGCACACCUACUGCUCCAUGGCCUUUUACAUCCUGACGCUGCUGCUCGAUGGCUACAAGUUCAACAAGAACACCUGGAGCAACAUCCACUUCAGCAGGCAGGCAGCAAACACAGACAUCGGGUGGACACUGGGCUUCAUGCUGAACAUGACCAACAUGAUUCCUGCCGAGGCUCUGCAGCAUGUCAAGGUCCACCAGCCCAGCCUGUGGGCAGGGGCUGUCUCCUUCCUUGUAUUGGCCAUUGUGGCAGGCCUGGUGUCUGUUUUCCUACACUGUUUCUGGAAAACAAAGUAGGUCCCUGCCUCCUGACUAGAGGCAUCCUGCCUACUGAACCAGGCAGAGAAGUGGUGCAGAAGAGGUGGAAAGUCGAGAAGAAUGAAGGCAUUAGACUCAUCUGCAUUGCUCAGGAGAGCUGACUGGGUCAUCUCUGUGAAUGUGGAAGAUAACUUCAUCUCUCUACAAGAGGAAGACUCCUUUACUCUGACUACCAAAAGCUGAUUGAGACUUGCUGGCUGGAUGAAACCAGAAAAAUUCAAACUAGAAAUAAAAUCAGUUUUGUUUUUCAAAUAUGAAUGUCACCGCUCAGCCUCCUGCUGGGCUACUCUUCCAACAGUCCUGGGAGGCAACUGGCAAUUGAGAGUAGUGGUAGCCACCUAACUCUGAGCAGAGGGAUGGCAUCAUCUGUAUCCUGCCCUGUGCAAGAUGUGCAAUAUUUUUGUAGUACGUGACAGAAUCUCUUCUCAAAGACACUGUCAGCUGUUGUUAAAAAUACUUACUGGCAUAUCUCAGCAGAAAAACACAAGUGAAAGUUUAUUUAAGAGUUGCCAACUCUGGCUCAGGGUUUAUUUUAUAUUCAAGUUACAUAGCCAAGUUUUGUCAAGACAUCAAAUCCAGAACAGGUUCCAGCCAGGCACUUGAGUGUUUUAUUUAGAUCAGCCCAGCCCAGUUGCAGGAAUGGGACAGGGCUUUCAGCCUUUGCAACACCAGCCCAGCACUGCACUUCCCAGUCAGCCCUUUCCCCAGGGCCUCCAGGGCUCUCCCAACAGCUUAGAGCUGCUCUGAGCAGUG